UUGAGAGAGAGAGAGAGAGAGAAGUGGGUAGAAAUGAAUAACACCAGUGAGAGUACUCCACUACUUGAGUUUGACAUGGCUGCCUUGGAAUUCUUUCUCCAAGACGAUUUCUUCCAAACUCCGACCAUCACCAUCGAUGAUCUUUCAUGUGAUGAUUUUGUCCCAUUAGAACUUGAAUGUUCAGACAUCAAUGUCACCUAUAUUAAUACCAGCCCCGCCGUUACUUGUAAUGAUAAUAUUAUAUCCUCGGAAGCAUGUGCGGACCAGAUUCAAUCGACGUCGACGAGGAUGCCCGCGAGUGUACCGGCAGUGUCUGAUUAUGUGCCAAAACUGUACACUCGCACGCCGUCGAAACCCGGAAAAUAUAAAGGCGUUCGGAGAAGGCCCUGGGGGACGUACGCGGCGGAGAUUCGAGACCCGAAGAAGAACGGCUCGAGAACUUGGCUCGGGACCUACGAGACGCCUGAGGAUGCGGCUCUGGCUUACGACAAAGCCGCCUUUAAAAUGCGCGGCUCGAAAGCUAAGCUCAAUUUUCCUCAUUUGCUUGGCUCGAAAGGAUAUGAGCCGAUAAGAGUGACGAAUAAUAAGCGCCGUUCGAUAGAGCCUUCCGCAACGUCAACGCCGUCGCGUUCAUCUUCUUCAUCACAGAUAGAGAACAAUGUUGAUUCUCAACCAAGGCCGAAGCAGAGAUUGAACCAAAUAGCUUCGGCGGCUCCAGCCAUUUUGGAGAAGCUAAAACAAAUUAUGAAUGUAUGAUGUAUUAGAAUCCCAUAUCCAUUGGGUCUUACCCAAUUAAGUGAUUCAGGUGUGAUGUAUCAUCGUGUAACGGAUAAUCAUAAUAUUGUCGAUGUGUA